AUGGUCUCCGCCUCAGCAUUCCUCCGCAAGUAUGCCUAUCACGAGUCCGGCCUCGCCUCGCUGUGGAUCACCGGCCGCGAUGCCUGGCUCGUCAUCUUCGCUCGUUGCUGUCGCAUGUUUGCCUACGGCGCCAGCUCGCUGAUCCUCGCCCUCUUCUUCAACGAGCUCAAGGUCUCCGACUCACGCAUCGGCCUGUUCCUGACCUUGACCCUCGUCGGCGACGUUGUGCUCUCCCUGGCCAUCGCCCUUGUGGCAGACCGCAUCGGCCGCCGCCGCACCCUGCAAUUCGGGACCCUGCUCAUGAUCCUGUCGGGAGUCACCUUCUCACUCAGCAACAACUACUGGGUACUCCUGCCCGCCGCCGUGGUCGGCGUCCUCAGCGCCACUGGCGGCGACACGGGUCCCUUCAGGGCCAUCGAGGAGUCCGUCCUGUCAGAGCUGACCAAUCCCUCAACCCGCUCUGAUGUCCUGUCCUGGUACAUCACCACCGCCGCCGUCGGCUCUGCAUGCGGCGUUGCUGCUGCGGGAAGGAUGAUCGAGACCCUCAAGGACAGGGACGGCUGGACUCUCCUGGAAGCCUAUCACGCUUGUUUCGCGGUGUACGCGCUGAUGGGUGCCGCAGCCUCCCUGGCCGCUUUCGGGCUGUCCAAAAAAUGCGAGCUCAAGCCCACUGCCAUCACCAAGGAGCAGGAGACAGGUGAGGCCGCCGAGGGCCUGCUUAAUAACCAGGAGCUCAGGACUGUCGACGACAGUCACCAGGCUCUGGACGGGGUGGAGGAGCCCAAGCCUCAGCCCACGGCUAGCAAGAUCGCCCGCAUCUCCAAGGAGACUCGUUCUAUCAUGUACGCCCUGUGGUUUCUACUGAUGGUAGACUCACUGGCAGAUGGCAUGGUCAGCAUGUCCCUGACGACAUACUACGUGGACGAGAAGUUCCACCCCCCAAAGUCGACCCUGGGCGACGUCAUCUCAGCCAGCUACUUCUGCGCCGCGCUGUCAACCGUCUUCGCGGGCCCGCUGUCGCGCCACAUCGGCCUGGUCAACACCAUGGUCUUCACGCACAUCCCCUCCUCCGCGGCCGUGCUGCUCUUCCCCGCCGCCCAGAGCCGCUGGCUGACCUUUGUGCUGCUGGUGCUGCGCGUCGGGCUCAACAACAUGGACCAGGCGCCCCGCGCCGCCCUCAUCGCCGCCGUCGUCAAGCCCCAGGAGCGCACCGCUGUUAUGGGCAUCACCAGCACCCUGCGGACCCUGGCCAACGUCACCGGGCCCAGCUUCACAGGCCUCCUCGCCGACAGCGGCCGCUUCUGGAUCGCCUUCGUCGUCGGCGGCGCCCUGCGACUCGCCUACGACGUCGGCCUGUUCGUGGCUUUUAUCAACAUCCAGCUGUACAAGCACGAGCCGGGGCAGCAGGCGUCGCCCCCUGCCUCGACCGGGAGGCUGUCGGAGGAUGCAUUCGAGGUUGGAUCGGACGGCGAUGAUGAUGCUGUUGAGGCGAGGUUGUCAUUCUCGAGCGAUGAAGGGGUUGGGGGGAUCCCGGCGGGUGGGAAGAGGAGGGACAGGGAGGAGUUGCCGGCUUAG